AUGGCAGCUGCAACGGCGCCACCGCCGGCGGCGGCUGCCACCACCCUCUCGGCCCUCAUACGCCGCCAGAAGAUCCGUAGCGGCGGCCCUAGAGAUUUCUACGCGAGAUGCGUCGCCUCCAACGCGAGCGCGGAGCCGGCGGGGCCGGCGGAGAGCCGGAAGGGAGGCCACGGCGGGACGCGCCUGGAGGAGGCCGUGCCCGUCGGCGAGGGGCGUUCGCGUAUAGACGCCUGGAUUUCGUCGCGUCUCGGCGGCGGGGGUGUCAGCCGCGCGCGCGUGCAGGCCAGCAUCCGCGCGGGGCUUGUCGCCGUCAAUGGCCGCCCGAUCUCCAAGGUUUCACGUACUGUGAAGGGAGGGGACCUGGUCAGCUGCACGGUGUCGGAGCUUCAGCCGCUGAGGGCAGAGGCGGAGGACAUCCCGCUAGACAUUGUUUAUGAGGAUGACCAUGUUCUUGUUGUCAACAAGCCGGCGCAUAUGGUUGUUCACCCAGCACCAGGAAAUGCCAAUGGCACAUUAGUCAAUGCUAUACUUCAUCACUGCAAGAUCUCCACAUUUACUUGCUUAGCACGCAGUUCAACUAGUGAUGAAUGCCCGGAUUCUUCAGAUGACGACAUUGAUGUAUUUAAUGUGGAUCAAUUUGCUACUGAAGAUGUAAGUUCAGAAGUCCAGAAUGCUCUUGUGCGUCCUGGUAUUGUGCACAGGCUGGAUAAGGGGACAAGUGGACUUCUUGUUGUUGCUAAGGAUGAGCAUUCUCAUGCUCAAUUAGCAGAAGAGUUCAAGCUGCAUACAAUUCGUAGAGUAUACAUCAGUCUUACUUGUGGCGUGCCAAAUCCAAAUUCAGGCAGGAUUGAGGCAUCUAUUGCACGUGAUCCUAACAAUAGGAUUCGUAUGAUUGCUACUGCUGGAUCAGGCCACAGAUAUGCACGGCAUGCUGCUAGUAGGUACAAAGUAAGAGAGGUCUUUGCUGGUGGUGGAUCUGCACUAGUGGAGUGGAGAUUAGAGACAGGACGCACUCAUCAGAUCCGGGCGCAUGCAAAGUAUAUAGGGAUCCCUCUUCUUGGUGAUGAAACUUAUGGAGGUACCAAAAGCAUGGCAUUAUCACUUUUGAGACCAAGGACUCCUUCGAAAUAUCACAGCGAUCUUUCAAAUCUGAUGUCUAAAGUAGACAGGCCAUGUCUUCAUGCUGCAUUGCUUGGAUUCAAGCAUCCACAUUCAGGAAAGAUCCUUGAAUUCUCAUGCCCCCCACCAGAUGAUUUUUUGGAGGUGCUUGAUGAAUUACGGAAAGUUACAUCAAGUGAUGCCCAAAAUGGUGAUGGUGUUGUCUGA